UUUUCUUCUUCUCUCAAUUUCGUUUUUCAGAUCGAUAAAAAAAGAGAGAAGAUGACUGCAUUUUUCAGAAAACUUGCAAAAUCAGCUCCAGUAGCAUUCAACAAUGUGUUCAAUGAAGCGCCAAAAUCGAGUUAUGGGAAGAAUUUCCGAGUUCCAAUUGGGGCUGUUGCUGCUGUUUCUGGUGGACUCUCAUAUUACUUAUACUUCUCAUCACCAACUGUGGCUCAUAUGGAUGAGAUCCAAGAAGAAUCAGGACCUAAAAUUGCGUUGAAUCCAGAUAAGUGGAUUAAAUUUGAGCUGCAAGACACAGCAAGAGUUAGCCAUAACUCUCAGCUAUUCAGGUUUUCGUUUGAUCCUUCUACUAAGUUGGGCCUUGAUGUUGCUUCGUGCCUUCUAACCAGGGCACCAGUAGGACAGGAUGAUAAAGGGAAAACAAAAUAUGUAAUUCGCCCGUACACACCGAUAUCAGAUCCCGAUUCCAAGGGUUAUUUUGAUUUAUUGGUUAAGAUUUAUCCAGAAGGGAAAAUGAGCCAGCAUCUAGCUAACUUAAGGCCGGGCGAUGUGAUCGAAGUAAAAGGGCCAAUUGAAAAGCUCAGAUAUACACCAAACAUGAAGAAACACAUUGGCAUGAUAGCAGGUGGCUCGGGCAUUACACCGAUGUUGCAAGUGAUUGAGGCUAUUCUAAAGAAUCCCGAUGACAAAACUCAGAUAUCUUUGCUAUAUGCUAACAUCUCUCCAGAUGACAUACUACUAAAGCAAAAACUUGACAUACUCUCAACUAGCAAUCCAAAUUUGAAGAUAUACUACACCGUAGAGAACCCAACGAACAACUGGAAGGGAGGGAAAGGAUAUCUGACACUGAACAUGGUUGAGAAAGGCAUGCCGAGUCCAAGUGAAGACACACUCAUUCUAGUGUGUGGUCCCCCUGGAAUGAUGAAUCAUAUCUCUGGAGACAAAGCAAAGGAUUAUUCUCAAGGCGAGGUCUCUGGCAUACUCAAGGAACUUGGUUACACUGAAGAGAUGGUUUAUAAGUUCUGAUGGAUAUUUUAAGGCAUCAGGUCAGAAGCAAUAAAAAGUUACCAAGUUGGUUGAUUUUGAUGUGAAAUCUACAACUUCGCAUUAGGAAGAAUUAUUUAACCGCGUAUGUAAGUGCAACAGCUAAUAUUGAGCAGUGAUAUAUUUUUCAGUGGAGAGAAUAAAAUGUCUGUGAGAGUACCUUCAUGAUAUGUUCGCUGACAUAUCCAGAAAGUUGCUGUCUUCAUUUUCUUUUUUCAUUCUUUUGGGAAAGAAAAACAUAUUGUGUAACUCAAGUCAGGUUCAUGAAAAAUCAAAAAUCUUGGUGCUAUAUUUGUUGAACUA